GGGAUAACUAAAAGGACUCGGGAAAACCAUAAGUAGAUAGAUCGCGACGCAGUCGCCGCGCAAAACCUCUGUUUCAGGCCACGAAUCGUUCGCAGACCAACUGAUCUAUUUUUUUGAAGUUGAAAAAUAACGAAUCGAGGAAGCGAAUUUGAUUUAAAUAGAAGAGAUGGCCAAGACAAAGCAUCAAAAGGCCAAACCCAACAAACAAUCCCAUGCUAAAAAACAUGGGAAGCAGGCUGAUAUAUCUGAAUUUCGAGCUCAGCUUGAUGCAUUGGGCUUAAAAAUUAUUCAAGUGACGGCAGAUGGAAAUUGUUUCUUCAGGGGAUUAGCUGAUCAAUUGGAAGGCAAUGAGGAGGAGCAUGAGAAAUAUCGGGAUAUGGUUGUAAAGUUUAUCAGGAAUAACCGUGAUAAAUUUGAGCCUUUUAUUGAAGAUGAAGUACCAUUUGAUGAAUAUUGUGAGUCCAUGGAGAAGGAUGGCACUUGGGCUGGACAUAUGGAAUUACAAGCAGCUUCUCUUGUUACUCAUACUAAUAUAUGCAUUCACCGACAUAUGUCACCUCGCUGGUACAUACAGAAUUUUGACAACCGUGAUUCUCGGAUGCUUCAUCUUUCUUAUCAUGACGGAGAGCAUUACAAUAGCGUUCGUCUGAAGGAAGAUUCUUGCAUUGGACCUGCUAGUCCAAUUAUUAUCAAGGCUGAUGCUGAUCUUUCAGCAAAAUCUCGUGAAGCUAUAGCUGCUGCCAAAUCUAAGGGAGACACUUCUCGAAAUACUGUUCAAUUAGGAUCAGUCAAAGUUGUUAUGGCUGGAAGUGGAUGUGAUGACAUAGUAAAAGUGGAACAGGUUUUACAACAAGUUGGUGGUGAUGUUGAUGCUGCAAUUGAGUAUCUAAUCGCAGAGCAAGGGUCCGAGGACCAGUUAAAUGAAAAUGAUAACAUUUCAUGUCUGGCAAGCAGUUCACAAGGGUCUCCAGGAGAGCAUGAUAAAUCCUGCGAUGAACGCGAUUUUAAAUCUGAAGACCCACCUUGUGAAAAAGGUUCCACUGACUGUAGUGUAAAAGGAGCUUCUGAUAGAAAUACCACCCAGGAAGAUGAAAAGAAAAUUCCAAGAAAUAAGGCCUGUCCCUGUGGUUCAAAGAAGAAAUAUAAGUCUUGCUGUGGAUCAGUUGCCGGGAAACGUCCCACUAGCUAUGCAGUCAACCAAACAAUUGAUUAUGGCAAAGGUCGAAGAGACAAAAAGCAGGGGAAGAAAGUUCCGCCUACCAAUGUUAUGAGUUCAAAACAAUCUGAUGCAAGGCCACCUGACUUGGGCGCACUUUGUAUAUAAUCAGUUUUUUGAGGUGCUGAUUAUUCUGCAUUCCGCUUUGGAGGUCCAUCAGAUGCUACUUAUAGUACUUUGUGAACUAAGGACUUGGUUCAUUGAAAGUGAGAGAACGUGGAGAUAAAGUAUCCAGGAGGAAUUUGAAUCGGCUGCUUAUUGAUUUGUGAGGAAUGGAUGUUCAAGUCAUUUUCGGAAUACCUUGGUUUAGGAUGGUGCAAAUCGUGGGUCCUAUUUUAGACUCUUCAACAUAUGUGGUUUAUAUCUCAAUGACUUAGUUCCUUUGUUUGGAGUGCUAAGUGGGAAAUGGAACAAACGGGAGCAUUUGGAAGAACAGUGGACUUACGCAGCAAAUCCAGCAUUUCCUCGAGAUAUUGAACUAAAUAAAAUAUGCGAGUAUUGGGAGCAAUGGAAUCGGUUGCCAAUAGAAAGCUUGUUGUUGCAUUAACGGCAGUUGUUUCCUUUAGACUGGCGGUAUUAUUAACUUUUUAAUGGUGUCCAUUUUUUAAUCGUUUGUUAAGUUUUGCUUUAAUGCACUGCUGUUGCGUCAGUGAAUUACGAAACUUGGAAUUUUCCAUCAAGUCAUUGGUCUAGUUGAAGUUAUUCCUACAGAAUUUAUCCUCCGAUAUCCACCAAUAAUUCUAAGAUUUACGUUACAUACAUUUAUGGUGUAAAAGUUUUUUACAUUAUGUUUUGUAGGUUACACUUUCAUUCUUUCUAUUGAAAAAUUACUCGACGUGGCUCUUUUAUGUGA